CCUCCGGGGGCGGAGCGGAGGGCGGUGCUGUGGGGCGGGACCCCCUGCUCUCGGCCGGGUGGUGCGCCUGCGGCGCCUGCCUCCCUCCCCAGGCGCCACUGAGGGUCCCGGGCCCGAAUGGUGCCGCGGGAUGCAGUGGGGUCGUACAGAAAGGCAGACGGCAGGCCCCGCGCGGGAAAUGCCGCUCUCGGGGAGAGAGAUUCCCCCCUGCCUGCAGAGACAAGCGUGUUUGCACAGUCUGCAUCUCCGACCGGGCUGUCCAUGCACACACGUGUGUCCGAUCAGCGAAUCCACCAAGCCCUGGGUGGAGCCUGAUGGGCAGACAGACGCUCACUCUGAACGGGCCUCCUUGUGUUUCUGUCUUAAAGACUAGUGGCACUUAUCUUGGAGCCCCAAGGCAGAUCUGACGUGGUUGGAUUGACUUAGUCCUUUUUUUUCUUUUUCACAUAAACUAAAGGUGCCUUUGAAGAGGCCCAGCCAUGGAAGGCAAACCGUUGGUGGUAUCGAAACAGAGGACUGAAGUGGUGUGUGGAGUCCCCACCCAGGUGGUCUGCACAGCCUUCAGCAGUCACAUCCUCGUGGUGGUGACCCAGUUCGGGAAGAUGGGUACCCUGGUCUCCCUGGAACCCAGCAAUGUGGCCAAUGACUUCAGCAAGCCGGUGCUCACCACUAAAGUCCUCCUGGGGCAGGAUGAGCCUCUCAUCCAUGUCUUUGCAAAGAACCUGGUGACAUUUGUGUCUCAAGAAGCUGGAAACAGAGCAGUUCUCCUGGCCGUGGCCGUGAAGGACAGAAGCAUGGAGGGGCUGAAGGCCUUGAAGGAGGUGAUCCAGAUGUGCCAGGUGUGGUGACCCUGGAGUUAUCGGCCACACCUGCUGUGCAGCAGGGCCAAGUGGAAACUCAAGACACCUCCUCAAUGAUGUGAAGACUCUUUCUUCAUUUAGUCAGAAGGAAGAAGAAGUAUGCAUGUCUCAGGUGACUCUUUGCUUGGUCGCUAAGAUCAUCAAUGGAUGGAGGACGUGGAAUGUGUCUUGGGGGAGUUAUGAAUGGUUCUCACCAGGGUCCAAAUAGUGGCAUACAUUUGGGAAUUGAAAGAAUGAGUUACUGGGCCUGAGUCAUGCCCUCGAUGUGAAGUAUCAAUUGUUAGAGGAAAUUUUUUUUUUAUUAAAAAGAAAUUCAUAUCCCAAAUAC